AUGAUUGAGUUUGGAGAGGUACUUAAGCAGAUGGAGAUAAAGGAGUAUGACAAAGAAGAAUUGCAGAGACGUCUGUGUGUGUUAGAGAAGGGAGAGAAUGUGUCAAAAAGUGACAAGAACAGAAAACUCGUCUUUCCUCAAGUUAAAGAGUCUGAUGAUUUAAUGAAAAAUACAGGAGAAUCAAUGGAGAUGAAUCAGAAGUCAGCUGCGUUUAAAAACAAGAACUUGACGAAUGCAGAACUGUCAGUUAUACAGCAACAAAAGGAUCCUUUGCGACGGGGAGGUCGUCUGUCGUCAAAUAAAGACAAAACAGUUGACGAUACUCCGCCUCCCUCAUACAAAGAAAUGAUUCUGUUGUCAAUACUGAACCAGCAGAAAGGUAUUGAAGGAGUGUUCAAAGAACGUGGAGGAAGACUUGAAUCAAUUGAAAGAACAGUGUCACAGACAAGACAAGUUACAGAUCAAACUCUCGAACUCCAACAAAAUAUGAACAACAGGUUGAGUAGCAUUGAACACAAUUUACUCGUACAAGGAGGAACACAGGUAAGGAGAAAGUGA